AUGCAUAUUCAUCUUUUAUUUUUUAUUGGUUGUACAAUUUUAUUAAUUUAUUUGGCAUCUCCAUCAUCAUCGGCACCCACCACCAAACGCCUUCCUGGAAAGAAACCAACAACAGCAACACGAUCAAAUGUGGAUCCAGGGUUAUUUAAGAAAGCAGUACAACUUGUUACGGUACAGUUUAGUGCAGCAGAAUUUAAUGCAACCCUUCAAGAGAAAUUAGCUAAUGAUACAUCCAUACCACCAUCGGUUAGACAAGUAGUAUAUGAUGCUAUAAUGAAAAUAUUACCCUAUGAUACGAUUCGAGAUGAAGGAGCUAGAUUUUACGCUAAACAUUACAAUGCAAAUGAAAUGCAACAAUUAAUUAAAUUUCAUGCAACACCAUUAGGAAAAAAAUAUGUUCGAUUAGAAGAUGAAUUAGAAAAACAUUUGGACAGUUAUGUGAAUCAGACAUUAACUAAACGUUUACCAGAAUAUCUAGCAGAAACGUUUGGUACUGCAUAA